CACGAGCUUAUAAAGUUAGCGACGCCAGAGCACCGUGCAUUCAUUGGUUAUCCGGCCAUACAUGCUCGCACACUAUGUAUGUGCGUGUUUCAAGUGAUGCUUAGUCCUCAAACGGCAGCAGAGAUAGAACACCGUACGUGCUGCUUUGCCAGAGACGUGUACGUGCGUGCACUGAGAGAAUAUUAUUGAGAAGGAAAGAAAGAGUCCAGAGAGUCAGUUCAGAUAGUUGGUCCAGAGAGCCAGUCUAGGUAGUCGGCCGAGAGUCAGUCCAGAGUCAGUUCCAGGAGUCAGUCCAGUGAGGCAGUCCAGAGAGGCAGUCCAGAGAGGCAGUCCAGAGAGUCAGUCCAGAGAGUCAAUCCAGAGAGUCAGUCCAGAGAGUCAGUCCAGAGAGUCAGUCCAGAGAGUCAGUCCAGAGAGUCAGUCCAGAGAGUCAGUCCAGAGAGUCAGUCCAGAGAGUCAGUCUACUUUGUCUCUGGCACUACAGAUAACUACUACCACAGUGGCCAGCAUCUCCUGCCAACCUACAGCUACAGCUAUGAGCUAGUCAAGCUGUAGAGCUGUAGAGCUGUAGAGCUGCAAAUAAGUGCAUGCAGUAGCAAUAGAGAUCAGAGCAGGUUGAGAGCACUCAUCAGACCAGGUUGAGAGCACUCACAUUGCACUCACAUUGCACUCACUACCUGGCUGUCCCUGGUAGUUGUACUCACUACCUGACUGUGCCUAGCAAUUGGACUGACUGCCCGACUGAUACUAGAAGUUGGCCCACCAGUUGUAAGACAGUGAGACCUUUGAACAUUGGCUACUCAAACCGAGGAAUGGUUUGCUUCCCAGCUCCUGCGAGGCUAUCAACCUUUCCAGAAUGAGUUUCAACUUCAGUGACUUCUUUCCGGCCGCCUGAAACGUCGAUUGAUAAACUGUUUCAGAGAAGUGAGACACCAGCAUAGAGGCUGCUCAUGAUGAGUGCAGCAGCGGCAGCAGCAAGAACUGGCACGCCGGUGACCAUAUGCUCCGAUGACUGGCCCAUUGGGCCUAUUGGGGCUAUUGGAGAUGCAGAGGUGAAGAGCGGUGUCAGUGACAGCAAGUCAUCAUCAGACAACACCAGCAAUUCCACCGCCAUGCCGGGGGACGGCGACGAUGACGAGAGUAUGGGAAGCACGGUGGCCAUGGCAAUGAGGACCUGGCUACAACGGCAGUGCCCCGAAGACUGGUACAGCGUGGUGUCACUGAUCAUAGACAUCAGCUGGCGGGUUCUGUACAGCAAGCCAGCAUCGUCGUAUCCAUGGUACAGGGUCAACGCUGGUAUGCAUGAGAACAUACACAUCAGUCCAAUGAUCGUAGAGCGGCGGACAGAGAGCCAAGAAGGCCCACGGGGCACACGGCACAGGCGAGAGUUCAUCCACGACGAGAUGCUGGACACUUCAAGUGGCAUUCUGAAUGUGGCAUCGCUAUUUGACGUCAACGACGGUUACUAUCACGAUGACACACCGAUGCAGGAGACGCCAGAUGGAGGGUGCUACCCAGAACAAGAAACAAAGUCACGUCCAGUACACAAUGGACGUGGAGGAACAAAGUCAGGUCCAGCACACAAUGGAUGUGGAGGAAGCAUGUCCCCACAGGACAGCGGUGUUGAAACCAGUACACAGAUUGAUGCCACCAGGUGUGUUCGUCUGCCCAGUCAUUGCCAGCCUCAUCACAAUCACCGUCACGAGCAAAACUCCGUUGAGCCGCCAUCGGGUAUUCGCAUUGGUCUGCACGGCGCACCAUCGCUCGGCAAGAGCCAGGUGUGCCAGCGGCUGCUCCUCAACUGGGCGUAUCGGCGGCAAUUGGCUAGGUUCUACCUGGUGGUACACUGGGAACUGCGUGAUGCCAGCGUACAGUCAGCCAGCUCACUGCAAGACCUGCUGCUGGCAUUGGGAGUACAGGACGACAUGGUGAGCAGCGCCGUACCAGCGCUGCAGCGCAUGCGCGGACGCGGCUGCCUCUUCAUUCUGGACGGCCUGGAUGAGAUGAGCCCGCAGACAGCCACCACCACCGCCACCACCACCACCGGCGCAGGCCAGUUUGUGCGGCAGCUGAUGGAUGGCCGUGCUCUGCCGGAAGCUUGCCUACUGGUGACAUCACGGCCGUGUGCGCAGUCCGAGGCGCUCUUUGCCAAGUACACCAUACAGCUGGACAUUCUGGGCUUCAGCGAUCAACAAGCCGAGGAGUUCAUCAGCUGUCACCUGGCCACAAUGGAGAGUGAUGGGUCUGGCCCGCUGGCAGACCGGCUGAUCGGUCUUCGCCGUGAUCAGCCACACAUCGCCGCGCUAACACGCAGUCCCCUGCUAGCACUGGUGGUGUGCGAGAUAUUCCGUCAUGGCCGCCGGCUGCCCAGCACACGCACAGAGUUGUACGAGCAGGUUGUACUGACGUCAAUGCAGGGAGAGGUGGAACAGGGCCGUCUCAAGCUACCUAUCGGCGACCUCAACAGCACAACACUCGGCCAUAUCGGAGCAACGAGUGCACGCCUGCUGGAGAAGAUUGCCCAGCUGGCACUGGUCACUCUACAGGCCGGUCACGUGGAGUUCGACAAUCACAUACUCAGAGAGAACGGAUGCGACGAAGCAAGCGAGCCAGACGUCCACCACCUGGGCCUGCUAGCUAGUGUGCUGGAUUCGGUGCACAGCGGGCGGCUACUUUCGGCAAGGAGGUUUAGCUUCUCACAUCAGACUGUUCAGGAGUACCUGUCGGCAUACGCCCUGGUGCAGCGCUUGCUCAGACACACACAGCAGCAACAGCGACAACAGCAGCAACAACAACAUGACCGUGAGAAGAAGAUCACACGGCUCAUCUCUAACUGGUUCAGCAGGCAGAGCGGCACAUCACCACGUGUGGAAGAAGAAACGCAAGACAGACACGAGUGUGGAGCACCAGACAACUGCCUUCUUAAGGAGAUCUACGGCAGAAUCGACUGCAGCAAGAACAGCCUACUGUGGCAGUUCAUAGCCGGGUCGUUACCAGCCAAGUACUCAUCCUGUCUUGGCGCACUCAUCAACGGGGUCAUGAGAGAGUCACGGCCAAAACCAGAUACUGUCCUCAACGCCAUCGGUUGCCUGUCGGAGUUCUGCCGGAGGGAGCCACCACAGCCAGUGCCGGAGAAUCUGCUCAUGCCGAGCGACAUCAAGUUGUCACACAUUCGCCUUAGCCAGUAUGAUCUGGGUGCGCUCUGCUUCGCCAUGCAGAUAUCGACGCACACCAAGAAGCUCUACCUGUCCCAUUGCAACCUGGCACAGCAGGCAACGGUGCGCCUCAACUGCAAGAUCGCUGCCGCCACGACCAUCACGGAGCUGUGGAUCUCCGGCAACAACCUUGGUGAUAACGGGUUUGCCAGGAUAGCGUGCACCGUGCUGAAGAAUAAUGUAGUCAAGGUGAUCUACGGCAGCAAGAAUGCAUUGAGCAAGGAUUGCUGUGCCGACUUGGCCAACGCAUUGGCACGCAAUACCAGUCUGGAGCGCCUGGAUCUCUCCAACAAUCCAAACAUUGGUGAUGCUGGCCUGGCACAGAUACUGGAGGCGUUCUGCAUGCAGUCAGUACAGCAGCCGAGUGCACCGCGUCCUCUCAAUGAUCUGGGCCUGCGUGAAACCGGCCUGGGAGACGGUGCCUGCCAUGCGCUGGCUAACCUGCUGAUGGUGCCGCAAACACGGCUAGCAAAGCUGCGCAUCAGCUGCAAUCUCGUCACGGCCGACGGCACCGAGUCACUGUCCAGAGCUCUGAUGAGCAACAGCAGUGUGACGGAUCUCAAGCUGGACAGAAACAACAUUGGCAACGAGGGCGUGCACGCACUGGCAGCUGUACUGCGGCGAAACACCACGCUCGCCAGGCUCUACAUCAACAACACCGCAUUCAGCGAGAGCGGCGCUAACGCACUGACAAAGGCAAUGGCAUUGAACGAUACGCUCACUGCUCUCGAUGUGCGCGAGAACAGCAUAGGCUCAGGUGCAGGUAUGGCCCUGGUCCUGGCUAGUCUACACCAUCAGAAACUCAACUGGCUAGACAUCUGCUACAAUCAAAUAGCAAGUCAGCAGUGUCAGGAGAUCAUGAAGCAGCUACGACAGCGCAAGCCUAGCAUGCAGCUCUACAUGCAGCCACAGUUCAACAGCACACCGAACAGAGGCUCGGAAACAGCGCGUGGCCGACACCGGGGCAUGGGCUACAGCAGCACCUACAGCUGCAGCGGCAGUGGAAGUGGCGAGUACACUGCGCCCAUUCAGAUUACACUCAGCCAGCCGGUACGCAGUUGCAACAGCACCGACAGCACACUGUGCCAUCUGUAAAUCAGCGGUUGACAACAAUUGGCUCCCACUGGAUGCGACGACAACCAGAUAACCUUUCUUGGUACAUGCACUGUAUGUGCUGUGUGAACCAUCUGCUGAAGAUUCCAACUUCACUAUCUUCAUAAUUCCAGCGAUCCCUUUGCCCUUGCCAAUACAUGCAUUAUAUAUAAAUGCAAAGCCACACAUUCCCUGCCACUAGCCAUUUCCUUCUCUUGUUGAUGUUGCCUUGUUCAGAGGCAGAAGCAUGGAUCACUUGAACAAUGCAUUGCGCACGUGACUGUCAACACAUCUUAUUAUUACGCGCAGCCUUAGUCAGAGUUACAUACAUGAAUAUUGAUUAGUUGACUGGCCAGGAAUCUCGCUUAUUUUUAUUUUUUAGAUACACUCAUAGCUCGGUUAUCCGGGCCCCGAAGUUACGGGCACUUCGGUCUACCGGGCACCCUGGGGGUAAGUUUCAGUGGAAAUAUUACUACUCCUUUGUCACUUUGUGUGGAAAAAGUGACGUCACACGCCAUGUUCUGUGCACACUUGUGCACUUUCCCCAUCAAGAUGUAUAUGAUUCGGAGUUACGGACAUUUCAAAGUUACGGGCAGUGCAAGGUCCCGGACUGCCCGGAUAAACGAGGUAUGAGUGUACAACCUACAAGUAGGUGAAACCAUGAUGGUUCAGCUCGUAUUGGCUGUGCAUGACACGUAUUCUUGACACGGGCACACGACCAGCACACAUACCAAACCCAUCACUGCUGUAUGCAUUUCUCAUCUAUGCUCAUCUCUAGGCAGCCCUCAUGAUGUCUAUACCAUAUGCCAACAUACAAGA